GAGCGCAGCCUGGUUUCCUGUAUUCCCGCUCCCUGGCUGUCUCCCCCAGCCCUUCAUGUAAGGAGGGUCCCCCGAGCUCUCGGCCGGGGCACAGGGGGGAGAAGAACGUUUACUUUUUAAUUUCUCUCUCUCCUUUUUUUUUUUUUUUCUUCCCUCCCCUCCCUGUGAAUACGGAGCCUCCCCCCUCCAUUCCCUCCCCAGGGGCUCGGACCAGAGCAGCCCGGAUAGCAAUGGCGUCCAACACGGACAGGGAGAUCAUCCUGACCGACUAUCAGGACACGAGAACCGCUAUAGCUACUGAACACAUGGGUAUUCAUCAGAAAAUAGACUUCUCUGACCCUCAGCCAAAUUUGGAUGAAAUAAAGGACCAGAUAAAGCGUGAAAUUAGAAAAGAACUAAAAAUCAAAGAAGGGGCUGAAAACCUUCGAAAGGUCACAACAGAUAAAAAAAACUUGGCAUACGUGGACAAUAUUUUGAAAAAGUCAAACAAGAAACUAGAAGAGCUUCACAACAGUCUGCAGGAGUUAAAUGCGCAUAUUGUUGUGCGAGAAGAAGAGGAUCUUCCAGACUGUCCCAAGACUCCAGACACUCCUAAAAGCGACACUGGCUCUUCUACAAAUAAUGGCAAAUUGAAUGCUCUGCAGAAACAAUUGGACAUUGAACUGAAGGUGAAGCAGGGAGCAGAGAACAUGAUUCAGACGUAUUCCAAUGGUCCCUCCAAGGAUCGGAAACUUCUUGGCACUGCACAGCAAAUGCUUCAGGAUAGCAAGACAAAAAUAGAAGUCAUACGCAUGCAAAUUCUACAGGCAAUGCAGCAGACCCAUGAUAUGUCUUUCGAUAAUGCAAAACCUGUAAUAAGUCCGCUCGAGCUCCGAAUGGAAGAACUGCGUCACCAUUUCAGGAUAGAGUUUGCAGUGGCUGAAGGGGCAAAAAAUGUAAUGAAGUUAUUAGGCUCUGGAAAAGUUACAGACCGGAAAGCACUUACUGAGGCACAGUCAAGAUUUAAUGAAUCAAGUCAGAAGCUCGAUCUCCUAAAAUAUUCCCUGGAGCAGAGACUGAGCGAACUUCCCAAAAACCAUCCGAAGAGCAGUAUUAUCAUUGAAGAGCUUUCCCUUGUUGCGUCGCCGACGUUAAGCCCUCGCCAAAGUAUGAUUUCUACACAGAACCAGUACAGUACACUAUCCAAACCUGCAGCUUUGACAGGUACCUUAGAGGUAAGACUCAUGGGCUGCCAGGAUAUCUUAGAGAAUGUUCCAGGCAGAUCGAAGGCCACGUCAGCUACCCUCCCUGGCUGGAGUCCAAGUGAAGCAAGAUCCUCGUUUAUGAGCAGGACCAGUAAAAACAAAAGUGGCAGCAGUAGAAACCUCCUGAAGACUGAUGAGUGUUCCAAUGAGGUUUGUGCGGUGCUGAAGUUGGACAAUACUGUAGUAGGCCAGACCAACUGGAAACCAAUUUCAAAUCAGUCAUGGGAUCAGAAGUUUACACUUGAGCUGGAUCGGUCUCGGGAGUUAGAAAUAUCUGUGUUUUGGCGUGAUUGGAGAUCCCUAUGUGCUGUAAAGUUUCUCCGCUUAGAAGACUUCUUGGACAACCAGAGACAUGGCAUGUGCCUCUAUCUGGAGCCACAGGGCACCCUUUUUGCUGAGGUUACAUUUUUCAAUCCGGUUAUUGAGAGGAGACCGAAGCUUCAGAGGCAAAAGAAAAUCUUCUCUAAACAACAAGGAAAAACAUUCCUAAGAGCUCCUCAGAUGAACAUUAAUAUUGCCACUUGGGGACGGCUGGUUAGACGAGCAAUUCCCACAGUAAAUCACUCUGGCACCUACAGCCCUCAGGUCACGGUUCCUGCUUCAGUACCAGUGGUGGAUACACGGAAUGUGGAACUAUCACCAUCCGUCGGAGAAUCUCCUAUUGCGAAGUUGGACUUUGAACUUGAACCAGAGGCACCUCCUGCUCCACCUCGGACGUCUUCUCAUGGUGAUCUGUUUCAGUCUUCACCUGAUAUCAAGACUCCAAAAGUACUGCCACAGGAUUCCAGACCAGACUAUGAAUAUUCAAACAACAGAAACAACAUAAUAUCAAAGCCCACUACAGAAAUGGCAAAAGAGCCAAAUAUUACAGCAUCUGAUCUGGAUUAUAGUGCCAUCAAUGAACCUGAGGACAGACGUAUUCAGCAGCGAUUUCAGUUCAAUCUUCAGGAUUUCCGGUGUUGUGCUGUCUUGGGUCGAGGGCAUUUUGGAAAAGUGCUCCUAGCAGAGUACAAGAAUACAAAUGAAAUGUUUGCCAUCAAAGCCUUAAAAAAAGGAGACAUAGUUGCACGCGAUGAGGUUGACAGCCUUAUGUGCGAGAAACGUAUUUUCGAAACUGUGAAUAGUGUGCGGCAUCCGUUUUUGGUGAACUUGUUUGCUUGCUUCCAAACCAAAGACCACGUCUGCUUUGUGAUGGAAUAUGCUGCUGGUGGGGACCUGAUGAUGCACAUUCACACGGAUGUAUUUUCAGAACCUAGAGCCGUGUUUUAUGCUGCCUGCGUAGUACUUGGUCUGCAGUAUUUACAUGAACACAAGAUUGUUUACAGAGAUCUAAAGUUGGAUAAUCUCUUGUUGGAUACUGAAGGAUUUGUGAAGAUUGCGGACUUUGGGCUGUGUAAAGAAGGAAUGGGAUUUGGUGACCGUACAAGCACUUUCUGUGGAACCCCUGAGUUUCUGGCGCCUGAAGUACUUACCGAGACAUCGUACACUAGAGCAGUUGAUUGGUGGGGCCUUGGUGUCCUCAUUUAUGAAAUGCUGGUUGGAGAGUCCCCCUUUCCAGGUGAUGAUGAAGAGGAGGUGUUUGAUAGUAUUGUGAAUGAUGAAGUCCGGUAUCCACGAUUCUUGUCAACGGAGGCCAUCUCAAUAAUGAGAAGGCUUUUGAGAAGAAAUCCAGAGAGGCGCCUAGGAGCAAGCGAGAAGGAUGCAGAAGAUGUGAAGAAGCACCCGUUCUUCAGACACAUAGAUUGGAUUGCCUUAUUGUCAAAGAAAGUGAAGUCCCCCUUUGUACCGACCAUCAAAGGACGUGAAGACGUGAGCAAUUUUGACGAUGAAUUUACCUCAGAGGCUCCCAUUCUAACCCCUCCCAGGGAGCCAAGGUUAUUAUCCGAUGAAGAGCAGGAGGCAUUCAGAGAUUUUGACUAUAUUGCCGAUUGGUGUUGAACCAGGACACUGUGAAACUGGAGCGAACUGGCUCAUAAGAUGACUGCAUAGAAGCAAAAAAAGUCCUAACCGCUUUGUGCCAUCUUCAGUUCCUGAUUAUGUUAUUUCUUAAAUCACAUGAAGAUUCUUUUAAAUUUUUUUUAAUAUAUGAACUCUGCCGAAGAGUAGCCACUUGCAGAA